GGGGCGAGGGAAUCGGCAGCUGGUGGUGGGUGAGGCGAGGGAGCCUCGCGCCGGCUUUGGAUUUUUCGUUCUGCCUCGCGACCGACGAUAAAAAUCGUGCGUCCGAUGAGGCCCUUCUCCCCUCAUCUCCGGCAAGCCGCGGCGGCGGCGGCUGCUGCGGCCACUGGCGCUCCUCCCCUCGCCGCAGCUCUCCUCAAGAAUUCUUCUGCUCCCCUUAUCCAUGGCCGGCUCAGCUUCAGCCACACGUCGCUGCAGUCACCGAACAACCGCGGGAAACGAACAGGCUGGGCGGUGCGUGUGCUGCCGCUGACGGAGGAGAACGUGGAGAUGGUGCUGGACCAGGUGCGGCCGAGCCUGAUGGCGGACGGCGGCAACGUGGCGCUGCACGAGAUCGACGGCCUCGUCGUCGUGCUCAAGCUGCAGGGCGCCUGCGGCUCGUGCCCCAGCUCCACCAUGACGCUCAAGAUGGGCAUCGAGACGCGCCUCCGCGACAAGAUCCCCGAGAUCCUCGCCGUCGAGCAGAUCGUCGACACCGAGACCGGCCUCGAGCUCAACCACGACAACGUCGACAAGGUGCUGGAUGAGAUCAGACCAUACCUUUCCGGCACCGGAGGUGGAAGCCUUGAUCUUGUUCAGAUUGAUGAAUCCGUCGUCAAAGUUCGGUUAACUGGACCUGCAGCGGGUGUAAUGACAGUACGUGUAGCUGUAACACAAAAACUGAGGGAAAAGAUACCAUCCAUCCUGGCUGUUCAGUUGACAGAGUAGAAACAUGAGUUCAGUUAUGCAGCAACUCAAGAGAAAACAAAACUUUGAUUUUCAGUGAUUUUGUGGUAUUCAGUCUCAGUCUUGUGGUUUUGAAUCAAAA